GUCAUGACAGGUGGUUUGGUGACCCUUAGUGGCACGAUGCCAGACUAACAGCUGGGUGGGUUUGACGAGCUGCUACAGAUGAGGGAAGGGAUAAGUCGCUGCCUCUCUGCCCUCUCUCCCUCUGCUCUACCACACAUACUGUUGUGUCCAACACUAAGCAGAAUGGCAGCCAUACAGUAACUGAAUCCAGUCAAUAACAAGAGGGAAUUCUUCAUCACAGCCAUGUUCUCCACGGUGAUCUCCAACAGCUGUGCACUCUAUGGGGACUAUGGCAACUAUGGAACUCCCCCAUACCCCAGGAAGAACAUCAGACCCAGAGCUUCACUUCGACACAACCCAUAUAACCCAUACAGGCCAUACCUGAGGAGGGUGGACACAAGAGUAUCUUUAGCCAAUCCCAAUAAAAUAUCCAGGACCACCAGUAGGGGUCAGUAUGUCACCAUGCCUGUUCACCAUCCAAAGCUGCAUCCACUGCCGGUCAGUCAGAGGAUCAUCCAAUCACAGCACAAAGCAAGACAGACCAGGAGUGCUGAGAGGUUCUCCAGUUAUGAUACAAGCUCCUGGAUUGGGAAAGGCUCUAGUAAACCUAAUAGAGGGAAGAAAACACAGAACAAGGCCACAUCUUCUUCUUCCAAGAGUACAGGAGACAUAAGAUACAAGAGUUCCAGUUCUAAUGGUCGCCAGCACCAUCGCUACUUCACCAAGGAUGGCAUGUGUCGUGGCUCAUCAUACAGUUCCAAGAACAAGAUGUGUGACCUGAUCGGCACCCUGGUGGAUCUGAAGUACAGCUGGAUCCUAUUUGUCUUCACCCUCUGCUACACCGUCACCUGGGCAGCCUUCGCAGAGCUCUACUUCCUGGGUGCUUGGCUGCGUGGUGAUAUGGAACACAUACAAGACCCGCAAUGGCAGCCAUGCUUUGAGAAACUGGACAGUUUCCAUUCGGCCCUCUCUAUCUCCAUGGACAGCCAAGUCAUCAACGGCUACGGCUCUAGAGUGGUCUCAGCCAAAUGCAUGGACGGGCUGGUUCUCAUGAUGGCACAGUCCAUCAUUGAAUCAGUGUUAGACACCCUGAUGCUGGGCUGCAUCCUGGCCAAGCUAGCCAGGCCUAAGAGGAGGCUGCCCACUCUGUUAUUCAGUCAGCACUGUGUGGUCUCUGAGAGGGAUGAGAGGCUGUGCCUGAUGUUCAACGUCAAGACUCUAAAAGAAACACACAUGCUGGUGGCAGAGAUAAGAGCCAAGCUGAUCAAAUCUCACCAUACCAAAGAGGGAGAGUUCAUCCUGUUGGAGCAGAGAGAGCUGACUCUGGGGAUGGGGCCAGAUGGAGCCAGGCUGUUCACAGUGGAGCCCCAGACCGUGGAGCAUGUCAUUGAUGAACAAAGUCCUCUCUGGGGCAUCAGCGCUGACUCUUUAGAGUGGGAUACCUUUGAAAUUGUGGUCAUGGUGGACGGAGCCGUUCAAGACGCAGGCACAGCCUUCCAUGUGAGGACCUCCUACACAGAAGAUGAGAUUUUUUGGGGACAGCGCUUUAAGUCACACAAGCCACUAGAAAAGAGGGGGAUUGGUUCCAAUCACAAUACCUCUGAUAAGAACUAUAAGGUCCAGACUGCCACACACAGUGACAGAGAGAUGGCAGUGAGACAAAGACAUGAGAGAUCUCCUGGACACGACACAGACUCUGUCCCCUCCAACAUGCCUACAAGGAAAGUACAUUACCAGUAUUUAUCUGAUCAAAUGUUACUGUGCAACUCAGUCACUAAUAACAUUGGCACAGGAACUAGGAAACUUAGUAAGAAUGAGUUCUUUAUAUAAAUAUUGACAUUUGACAUGUUGGCAUAGAAGUGUUAAUCAAAGUUUAUGAAAUCAAGCCACACUGUACAUAUCCAUCAGAAGGUUUAUACAAUGUAAAUAAACAGAUGCUGAUUACCUAUAUCUAAAGGUGCCAUUUAUACAUCUAAUUGAUCAAACUUUCUGAAUACUAAUUUGUAAACGUGAGAACAGCACUUGUGUGAUAUACAGUUACAAUUAUGCUGAUUGUAUUAGUUCUUAUUGGUCUCCUUACAGUAUGUGAGAAAUAACAAAAGGUAUCUCACUGCCCAUACAUCAAGCUCUCCCAAUUAAGAUUUAAAUGAUGAGUGUCAUUUAAUGAUGCUGCCAUGUGCUGUGUCGAUUUGAUAAACGGACAAAUGAAUGUCAGUAUUAUUGUCUAUUCACCAGCAAAGGAGAUAUCAAAUUCACAUACCAUCAUAGACUCUUGCCAAAGUUUAUAUUUAUGUAAAUUUACAGUAUGUGUUACAAUUCCCUUUAAUCAAUCCAUUAUGUUUUUGGAUGUAAACCCACACUCAUUCCCAGUCUGCAUGUCAACACACAGUAUUAGUCUGCCACAUUCAGACAGACAGACAGACAGACAGACAGACAGACAGACAGACAGACAGACAGACAGACAGACGUAUUAGAGUGGGUUUGACUUGGUGGGUUUGACUUGUACAUCAUUUCAUCUGACAGUGAUUCAGAUGAACCAAAGAGAGGCCGUUUCCGGGAUGCUGCUUGGACAGUCCGAGUGUAAGGAAUGUUUUCCCUGGCAGUUAUCCUCCUCACCUGGCUCUCCCCAGGCCUAAUCCCAUACCACGCCCAUGGGAGACAGUGCAUAUCAAAGGUACCUUCUGCUGGCUGCCAUUCUAAAUGGCAGAUUAAAUCUACAAUUUUUUAUGAGGAACAGCUUGAUGUUCUCAACUUAAAUAGAUGAGACUGGAUUAAUUAAGCUUGCUGUAAGGUAGAAGAUACAUUUUCAAAAAAUACUUCUUAUCCAUACUUAACUGUAAACAGAUAAAAA